UGUCUCUUGAAAAAAGUUUCAAAGGAUCGCAGCGGAGCGUCGUCCCCAUCUCUCUCUCCCCCUUUCAUUUUCCCCUUCUGUUUCGGAUCUUUCUUACUCCCUCCCGUACACACCAAGAAAACAAACAAAAACAGAAACUCUUCUUCUCUUUCACCUAAUUCAAUAUCUGAUCUCUGGUGCGUUAGGGUUUGUUUCUCUCCCUCUCUUCUUCCAGACAAAAUGGGACAACAGAAUUUGAUCUACAGCUUCGUCGCUCGUGGGACGGUGAUUCUCGCCGAGUAUACUGAGUUUAAAGGAAACUUUACUUCUGUCGCUGCACAGUGCCUCCAGAAGCUUCCUUCUUCCAACAACAAGUUCACCUACAAUUGCGACGGUCACACCUUCAAUUACCUCGUCGAAAAUGGCUUCACGUAUUGUGUGGUUGCCGUUGAAUCUGCUGGGAGGCAGAUUACAAUGGCUUUCUUGGAGCGUGUCAAAGAAGAUUUCAACAAGAGAUAUGGCGGUGGAAAGGCUACCACUGCUAAACCCAAUAGCCUGAACAAAGAGUUUGGGUCUAAACUGAAGGGGCACAUGCAGUACUGUGUGGAUCAUCCUGAGGAGAUUAACAAACUUUCUAAGGUUAAGGCUCAGGUGACAGAGGUGAAAGGUGUUAUGAUGGAGAACAUUGAGAAGGUCCUUGACCGUGGUGAGAAAAUUGAACUUCUAGUGGAUAAAACUGAGAACCUUCGUUCACAGGCACAAGACUUCAGAACACAAGGAACGAAAAUAAGAAGAAAGAUGUGGUGGGAGAACAUGAAGAUCAAGCUCAUAGUCCUAGGUAUCAUCAUUGCCUUGAUUCUGAUCAUUAUUCUCUCGGUUUGUCAUGGGUUCAAGUGUACCUAAAUCUUGAAACAAUAAGAAGAUUAUACUAUGAGAGAUUAUCAGCACCAUAUUGCUCUACUAGGCUAAUGGAAACUCCUCACCGUGUACGCCCUUCUUUUUCUUUCUAUUUUCCUGGUUUCUUUUUCUUUUCUUGUUUAAUUUUGUUAGGGGAAAGUUAUACGAUAACUCAGUACUGAGAGAUGAUCCUUUAGGGUAUGAAUGUUUGU